CUGCAAAGUACAAACAAAGGAUAAGACCUGCUACUUGCAGAGCCAAACUCUCUCUCUUGCUCGCUCUGUCUCUAAACAAAACAAAGAAACAAGCCCAACUCUUCUUCUUCUUCUUCUUGGUCUCAGAUAAUUAGGGUUUCAGUUUUCCAGGCCUAAAAACUCCUCUACUCGGUCGGUGAAACCCUAAUUUGGCGGUGAAAAGCUUGAAAUUAGGUUUUUUUUUUUUUUUAAAAAAAAAACUUGUAAAGGAUGGUUGGUAAAGAGGGAACAAGCAAUGGCGAGGGUGCAAAAGAAAGGGUUCAGCACUUAAAUAUGGAAGCAAUGGACAAUGGGUUUGGAAAUGAUGGUGGUGAUGCAAGCUCUGGGGGCAGUGAGGGUUUUCGAACUUACAAGAGACGAAGGAACAUGAGGUCAAGUUCGGAUAGUAAAGGUCAAGAGGAUGGGAAAUGUUUUAUGGAAGCUGCUAGUAGAUUGUCAGACCAGACCAUAAAGGAUGAUGAUUCACGAGGCCAUCUUUGUGGGAAUCAUGCUUCUAUGAAUCGUUUAAAUGAUGUUUCACAGAGGCAGUGGAGAAAGUUUGUCCUUGACCACAUGUAUCAAUCAUUAAGUAAUGAUGAAAAUGGCAUCCAGGGGUGCUUGAGGGGUGCGCUUAUGAUGGCAGAGUCUGGUUACUGUAAUGCAGAUAAGUCACCUUUGAUGGGGCAGAUGGCUAAUGGAACUCACAGUACAACUAAAGGGCAUGCAGGGGUCUUGUCAAAUGGAGCUUUGGAUGAAUCACGACAUCACAGUGUCCCUGAGUUGUGCCAGCAUGCUUUCCUUAGUAUUUUACUGUCAGAAAAGUUCACCUCUCUCUGUAAGCUACUGUUUGAAAACUUCCAAGGAAUGAAGACUGGCAGCAUUCUUAGCCUGAGUUUCAUAGACAGAAGGAUGAAAGACGGAGCUUAUGAUCAUUCGCCUAUGCUUUUCUGUGAAGAUAUUGAGCAGUUCUGGAGAAAGCUUCAAGGUUUUGGUGCUGAAUUAAUCUCUCUUUCAAAGAGCCUAUCAGACAUAUCAAAGACUUGCUGUAAUGAACGGGUGGGAGGAUCAGUACGCUGUAUAUUUGAAGAUGAAAAGCAUGGGUUCUGCAUCAAGGGUUCUGAUUCUCAUGGUCAACCAGAGCAAAAGGAUGCUUGUUGUGUCUACAGAGUCUGCAGUUGUAGGCGUUGUGGGGAAAAGGCAGAUGGGAGAGAUUGUUUAGUUUGUGAUUCAUGUGAGGAAAUGUACCAUGUCUCCUGUAUUGAGCCUGCUGUCAAAGAGAUUCCCCCCAAAAGCUGGUACUGUGACAACUGCGCUGCAAGUGGUAUGGGAUCCAUUCAUGAGAAUUGUGUAGCGUGUGAGAGGCUGAAUUGCCCCAGGACCCAAAUUAAUCAAGCUGGUGAUGAAAUUGGUUUAUCAACUCAAGAACCAUUCAAUGAUUUUGAAGAGGCAUCAAAUUUCAGCACGAAUAAUGAGGUUCAGCUAUCAUCAGAAGGGACUGAAAACAUACGCAUCUGUAAAAUUUGUGGAAGUCCAGUGAGCAAUGGAGAGAAGAUAAAUAUAUGUGAUCACUCUGAAUGCCCUGGCAAGUACUACCAUGUGAGAUGCUUGACAAAUAGGCAGUUAAUAUUGUAUGGCCCUCGUUGGUAUUGCCCUUCUUGUUUAUGCAGAGGUUGCCUCACUGAUAAAGACGAUGAUAAGAUUGUUUUAUGUGAUGGCUGUGAUCAUGCAUACCACCUUUAUUGCAUGAUUCCGCCACGCAUUUCUGUACCUAAAGGGAAAUGGUUUUGCAGGCGAUGUGAUCUGAAAAUACAGAAAUUACGCAGGGUAAGGAGGGCAUAUGAGAAAUCCGAAAGGUAUGUGAAAAAGAAGGGUGAAGGGGUUAAAAAGGAAUGUGAAAACCGCAAGAAACUGUACAAGGAAGGUGGAGAAGAAUCAGAUAAAGGUAGAGAAGGAAUGGACAUGCUUGUAACUGCAGCACUAAAGUGUGAAGUCGGCUGCCAAUCAAUUGAAGAGUUGAAAAGCACAUGACAUUUUCAGGAAAUUACAAGAUAAAAAUUCAUGGUUUUAAUCAUUGAUCAUAUUGAUUUUGUAUGUGUAACUGAUGUCAAGAAUUUUGAUCCCGCCGCCUUCUGGGGAAGAAUAUUUUGUUAGGCUGUAAACUUAGGUUUUGCUGACUUUUGGAUACUCGACUCUUGGCAGGGCAUGAUUCUGAAGGCUAGUACAUUUACUGGUUGGCAAGUGCCAAAUACAGGACAUGGAGUUACAAGGAUCAGGGAAUCAUUAGAUAAGCAUGUUGGAAUCGAUGUUUUUAACAGUAACAUCUUGUUCAUUUUGUUCCGAACACGGUUCAUUAUUUUUUGUAAGGGAAAGCUAAUCUCUGUCAGUAAUGUUGUAAAAUUACAAAACGCAACCGAAUUUCAAACAAUCUGUGCUUUAUAAUGAGAAGAGAACAUUUUCUUUUGUAA